GCAACAGGGCCGGAGUCGCUAUGUAGCUGCCAGAACUCCCUCGUCUGACGUUUCUUGGCACUUGGCGUUGUUCAACGGUACGAUCUGUGCCGCGAAACCUGUCAAGACAGCUGGUGAUCGUAACUUUGCGUUCCACAUUUGAGAAGCGUUGUUCGGUCUGCUUUAAAGUCUGGACAUCCCGAAAGAAGGUCACAACAGCCGCCCGAGUUCGUGGAAGCGAAAGAAACAACACUAUGGUCGAUUCCUACGCGCGUUGAGACCCGAAGGUGUAACCUUCUGCAGGAACAGCCUCCGUGACGUACAGACCUGGCUUGACGUUUGAGGCGAGUAUCAGGAGGAAAAUGGAAGAUGCCGGCUUCUGUAUCAAGCCAAGUGACUUUCUGCAGCUGCAGGCUCCUGGUGACGUCAGCUCAUCGCAUGCCACAGCUGUCUUCCAAGCAGAUAAUGAAAUGCCAUGCGGCGUCUUCAAAGAACAGUUGGAGACCAAACUCUGCCAUCGUGCUGCAGAUGGUGUCACAAUCCACGGAAUUCCCAGUGUCAGUGAUCCUCCUUUGGGUGUCAUUAGUUUCGAUACGAGGAAUAUUUCAGCAGAAGUAAUUGAACGUGAAGUGGGUAUGACACGACUGAGGCUUUCAACGACCGUCCUGAGCGUGAAGGGCAUGACCUGCCAGUCGUGCGUUCGUAACAUUGAGUCUCACAUGGGACAGCAGCCUGGCGUGAAAGGCGUGAAGGUUUCGCUCGAAGAAGAAAAUGCAAGGCUUGUGUACGACGGUGAACUGCUGACUGCAGAUGCACUUGCUGAGAAGAUAGAAGAUAUGGGUUUUCAGUGCGGUGUUCUCGACUCUGUGGCUCUCGAUGCUGGUGGUCCGGAAGGGGCUAUCAAGGAGGCAACUCAGGCCAGAACAGUUCCUGCUUCUGAAGAACAAGGGAGGUGUGUUGAUGUCCCUAGAAAUAACAGAGGAGACAACAGUGGUUUUGAAGAUGGUGAAAAGUGCUACCUGAGAGUCACCGGCAUGACAUGUUCAUCGUGCGUUGCUAACAUAGAAAAAGGCUGUUCAAGCGUAAGCGGAGUAAAAUUUGCUCUAGUUGCCCUGUUGGCUCAGAAGGCAGAAGUCCGAUUUGACCCAGCUCUCGUCCAACCUAAUCAAUUAGCAGAGAUUAUCAAUGACAUGGGAUUCGAAGCAUCGGUUCUAGAGGAAUCGCACACUCUUCAUGGUGAUGCUGAAUUUGUGAUACGUGGCAUGACCUGCGCCUCGUGCGUUCACACCAUCGAGACCAAUGUCUGCAAGCUUCCCGGAGUGGUCAGUGCAUCAGUCAGUCUGGCAACGCAGAAGGGAAGGUUCUCCUUUGACCCUGAGAGAACAGGACCCCGCCAGAUAUUGGAACGAAUCAAGGAUUUGGGCUUCGAGGCUCAUCCAUUUACAGACCACAAGAUGGAUGCAAGCUACUUGAGUCAGAAGGAAGAAGUUAAAAAGUGGAGAAGAUCCUUCCUGCUUUGUGUGAUGUUUGGCGUGCCGUCCAUGAUUAUCAUGAUGUACUACAUGUUCCGGCGAAUGGCUUACAAGCUUGACGACUGUUGUAUAUUUCCAGGGCUUUCAGCCGAAAACUUUUUCCUUUUUCUAUUAGCCACCAUAGUCCAGUUUGUCGGCGGCCGCUACUUCUACGUGCAAGCUUGGAAGGCCGUUUCCCACAGGGUUGCCAACAUGGACGUGCUCAUCACGCUGGCAACAAGCAUCUCUUAUUUCUACAGUGUCAUUAUUGUUGUGUACUUUAUGAUUGAUAGUGCAGACCACAGCCCAAAGACCUUCUUUGAGACACCGCCCAUGUUGCUCACUUUCAUAUCACUUGGACGUUGGCUUGAGCACAUUGCCAAGGGAAAGACAUCAGCUGCACUUGCCAAGCUGAUUUCCCUUCAAGCCACGGAGGCAGUCCUUGUGGAUGUGGACGGACAGAUGAACAUCACUGCGGAGCGAAGCAUCAGUGUAGAAUUGGUCCAAAGAGGGGAUGUGUUGAAGGUUAUGCCUGGAGCAAAGAUACCGGUGGACGGAAGAGUCUGUAUGGGCCACUCUGUUGUCGACGAGGCUCUCAUCACUGGUGAAUCCAUGCCUGUCCCCAAGAAGGUUGGUGACCAGGUCAUCGGUGGCUCCAUGAAUGGCAAGGGUGUCCUUCUGAUCAUUGCCACCCACGUUGGCAAGGACACAGCACUCUCACAGAUUGUCCGACUUGUUGAGGAGGCGCAGACAUCCAAGGCUCCAAUUCAGCAGCUGGCAGACAAAAUAGCUGGUUACUUCGUUCCUGGUGUAGUGCUGGUCUCACUGCUAACAUUAUUUGCUUGGGUCUUAAUUGGAUUUCAUAAUGUGGAGUACAUCACACCAUUCUACAAGAGACAGCGAUAUCACGACACAGACACCGAGCUGAUCUGCCAGUUUGCGUUCCAAUGCGCACUGACUGUGCUUUCCAUCGCUUGCCCUUGCUCACUGGGCCUCGCAACACCCACAGCUGUCAUGGUUGGGACAGGGGUUGGUGCAUCCAACGGUAUUCUAAUCAAAGGAGGAGAGCCACUUGAGAUUCUCCACAAGGUCAAUUGUGUGGUGUUUGACAAGACAGGCACCCUCACCAAUGGCGUGCCAGUGCUGACGCGCAUGACGCUGCUGGUCGAAAGCAAGGUCUGCUCCCUUGCCAAGCUUCUCUUCUUGGCUGGAACAGCCGAGACCAACAGUGAGCAUCCCAUAGGAGCAGCCAUAACUAAGUUUGUCAAAGAGACGUUAAAGGUUAACACCCUUGGAAAGUGUGAGGACUUUGGGGCUGUUCCCGGUUGCGGUCUGCGGUGCCGCAUUUCUGGAGUGGAUGAUUCGCUAAGCAACAUUGCCGAUUUGGAGCGCCUUGUCACUGACACCAAGAACCCCCGCAGCAGUUAUGUGGCUUCCUCGGAGGACGUGAUGAUUGACCGGUGGAUUCUGCCAGCUCACAUACGGGGUGACACUUUGCUCAGUCCACCCCAAGGCCUCUUAGUCGACGUGCCAAACCAUCAAGAACGCUUGGCCAUCCAUGGUGACAGCAACACGGUUCUCAUUGGUAACAGGGAAUGGAUGCAUCGUAAUGGCAUUGCAGUUGACAUUGAAGUGAGCAAACUCAUGGAGCAGCACGAAGAGAAGGGCCAGACAGCAGUGCUCUGUGCCAUUGAUGGAGUCCUUGUCUGCAUGCUGGCAGUCGCUGACACUGUCAAGCCUGAAGCCAACUUGACUGUUUACACCUUGAAGAAAAUGGGCCAUGAUGUCAUUCUUCUCACAGGCGAUAACAAGCGCACUGCAGCUUCGAUAGCUCGUCAGGUCGGAAUCAAGCAUGUCUAUUCGGAGGUGCUUCCAUCACAUAAGGUGAUGAUGAUUCGAAGGCUGCAAGAGCAGGGACGACGUGUUGCUAUGGUAGGAGAUGGAAUCAAUGACUCCCCAGCCCUGGCUCAAGCUGACAUUGGCAUUGCCAUUGCUAAUGGAACCGAUGUUGCUGUCGAGGCUGCCGACGUUGUUCUCGUUCGUAAUGAUCUUCUUGAUGUUGUCGGUGCCAUAGCCCUCUCCAAAGCCACUGUAAAAAAGAUACGCCUUAAUUUCUUCUUUGCCACGGUCUACAACCUCGUUGGAAUUCCACUGGCGGCUGGUGUCUUCAUGCCCUAUGGUCUCGUCCUCAAGCCUUGGAUGGGAUCUUUAGCCAUGGCCAUGUCAAGUGUCUCUGUAGUCACAUUUUCACUCAUGCUGAAGCUGUUUAAGAAACCAAGGCGGGCUACCCUGGAAACACCUCAAUACCUCUCGGAGCUUCAGUGGCAAAGCAACUUUCGUGGUUCCAACUAUGACGACCUGUCUCUCCACUGCGGUCUGGAUGAUGUGCCUGCCAGGAAUGACGCCCAAAUAAAGUCAUCCAUUCGUGGUUCGACAUUUGCCAUAUUCUUCAGCAGUCUGCGAGACAAAGCCGAAAAGGUGAAGCAAGGGCACCUUUUAGGUCAGGAUGAGGAGAACAUAGACAUCGGCAUGUAGAUUGAACUUGUGCCCAACCACUGCUGACCGCAGCUGUUAUGUGUGCUUCUCAAUGUGAUAAUGGCCAGAUUGAAGCACGAUUAGUCAACUACAAGCUGGCACGGCUUGGCGACUGACCACCUCACGGCCACAUACGAAAUAGGUGCGUCAAUUACAGUACAUGUUCAUUCUGGUGUUGCUAACUGGCACUGUUGGAAAGUCCAAGGUACAUCCAGGAGAGUCACUGAUGGCAUUUCGCUGCUCUUGAGCUGCUAUUCACGUAUUCCUGGCUGCCAGCCUCUUUACGGAGAACAGUUCGUUCGUUCAAGGCUGCUACUGUGGUGCGACAUAUGAGCAUGUGUGCGAUAUAUUUCAUGGAGAGCUUUACAGCUGGAUGAACUGGCUUUCCAACUUAACAAGCCUGGUUCUUGCUUCUGCGGCACUGCUGUGACCUGGUUGCCUUAUCAGGAAUCUAGAUGGAAUAUUUCAACGCAUCAAUGCAGUAUGUUGAUAUCACAGCUGGAAGCAUUUACAGCAUGGGACUAACAGAGAACUGUUUCCUAAUGGUAAAUUGUGAGACGAUUUGUUACUAAGAUAGUUACCAAUGUGCUACGUGGAUGAUGCAUAGUUUUGUGAAGGAGUUAGCAGGCGUGAUUACUUAUGUACAUGAAACCAUAUCUUAAGAUUAUAGCAACUUGUCCUUGAAAGAAUUGAGACAUCGCUUUGUUUCUCAACUCGCAUGUAUUCCGCGAAUGUGACCUCUCUCAGAUAUAAAUGACAGAUUGUAUGGGAAUGGCGAGAUGUGUUGUAUUAUAAUAUGCAAGAAGCACUUGCAAAAGCUGAAGAUGAAACGACGUGCCAAAAUGAGAUUAAAUGCAUUGAGUACACAGUCAACUCGUGAGAAUUCAAACCUAUUCAAGUUUGGGUUUAUUUCAAACAAACCUGAAGCUUUCAUUGCCCUGAUGUGGUAUCAUGGCAUUAUAAUACUACGAAGUUAGAAAAAGCCUUUAUUGUAUGGGGUUCCAUGCAGCAUAUCUUUAAUUUUGCAAGUAAACAUUUACAGUUGCCUUUUAGGGCUUUGUUGAGAGCCUGGACAAAGUUUUGCUCACCUAAGCACAGCAGAAAGAUGUACGAUAUCACACGGAUGAUUAUCUCUGCUUUCCUGUUGUACAUCAGAUGCUAUCAUGAUCUCGGGAAUCAGGUCUUGUUUAUCUCUAAAACAAAUAGUUUCAAGAUUAUUUAGUGGUCAAAAACAACUGGCGCUAGCCCAGAAAGAGGAGAGUUGACAAUUUAAGUGGCAGGAAAGGUGAAUCAUAAAGAUAAGAAAAAGAAAACCGAGGCGUGCUUCAUUGUGGCUCUACUCUGAGCACGUUAAAUGGCAUGGGAACACAGCUGCCAGUGUACUAACUUUGUACGCCUAUAUUUACUUGUGUCAAUGUCUACGUGUGCCUAAAUCUUUAUGUAGGCCUAUAUUUAUGCGUAUCUAGAUUUGUAUCUAUAUAUUCGUUUGCAUAAACUUGAAAUUUAGUGUGGAUUUCAGUUUAUUACGCCUUACACUACUCAAGCAAAGGUAUGACGGAGGUUGAGUUAACAUGAGUCGACUGUGACUCAGCUGAUUUUGUAUGCAAUUAACUUUGUGAAGCUUGAGGGGACCUAUACUAGUCUUCACAUCACUUCACAACUGCCAUAUUGAAGUAUGAAAUUGCUUUUAUUUGUUUUGUCGGGUGGACCGCCAUAAUAUUGGCUUGAUGUCGCUACUUUACAACAUAGUAUUUUUUAAGCUAUCUUUUAUCGGGCAACCAUAUACAUGCCUGGUUAACUUACAGUUCGGACUUUUUGCGAGCUUGAAGAUUAUUGAUGCGUUAUUCUGAUUGCACAAAAUGAGCACAAAUGCUGCGAAGUAAUAUUUCCAAUAUUUUUGUGUAUCGUCAUAUUGAACGUGCAUUUUUUAGUGGUUUAUGUGUAAUAUUUUGUGUGUAGAACUUGUGCCGUGAAAACUGACGACAGUGUUGUGUUCACAAAACAGGCACUCGUGAAACCUGGCAUCUAUCCAUGAAUGGCUUCUGUAGUGUCAGAAUAACUUGAAUGUUAUGUAUAUUUUUACACCUUUGUGUGUGUGUUACGAUUAUAAAUUGCACCUCAGUGGCUGGUGUGUACUUGUGAGCUUUAAGUCAUGACUGCUGUAAUGCAUGAGCGUUUCAUGGCAUUAUGUCGUUGGCAUAUUUUAUUGUGAACUCUUGAAUCUGCCACUAUUUAUUCCGCUAUUGUAUUGUGUUCAAUACUAUUUUCAAUUAUUAUUUGUAACCUGGCACUAACAAUGAUUCAGUGAAGUUUGCUAAUCCAAGCUCAUAGUUGCACAAGACUUUAUCAUCAUUGAACUGGCUUUGGCAUUGCAGUAUAAAUAUUUUUUAAUGGCUUGAUUUUAUCCAUGCUCGUGUGCCGAACUAUUGUGCUGUGUCACUCAAAAAUAACCCCAUAAAAUCUGUGGGAACCCUAUAGCUAUGCAAAAGGUUUAGCUUUUCUGUGCCCAAACUUGUGUACUGAACAGAACCUGAAGGGACCAGGAAAAUAUGUUUCGGUUAACAAGUGAUCCAUUUACUGAAAGGUGAACAGAUGUGCGGAAUUGAAGUCUAAAACCAAUCACGCUAGAUCAGUUAGAUACAGUUAUUGCAUACAAGCAGCAAUUUUAUUUGAAAGAGAUUUCAAUUUACUGAGAGUCUACUGUUAUUGCAGGAUGUAUGCGACUUCUUGUAACUGUUAUGUUAUACAAGUGCUUCUUCAUGCAGAAAAGAAAAGGAUUUUGUGGCUGAGAAGUAUAUGUGGGACAUACCUGCAGGCACUAAAUUAAAUUUCAGCUAACUGCAUUUGCUUUCAAGAUUUGAUGUGUUAUGUUGGUGUUUGGUCAUUACACUAUUCAUGAGUUGAACAUGAUUAGAAAACAAAGAACUUAAGGAGGAGUGUCAUGAAUGCGAGGCUCUUAGAAUGCCACUUUAAUGAAAUAGAUUUACAUUUGCAGUUUACUAGACCUAUUUAUUUAAUCUCCCAUAUUGUCUGCUGCCCCUAUGUGAAACUUUAAAAUAUUAGUUACAUUUGAUUGUAGAUAUGGUAGUCUUAUAAAAUUGUAUCAUUCGAACCGAAUGGAAAAUGCAAUGUGCUAUGGCACUGUCAGAUAGUGUUUGGAUCUUUUGCAUUGCAAUUUAUUAUUACUAAGUGCUGUUUGUGCUUUAUUCUGUGUUGUGUUGCUACGUGCAUGCAUUCUCAGGUGUGUUAGUACCUGUACAGAGCUUUUAUAAAUGUAUGUAGUUACUUUCGAGUGCUCUCAAGCCUGGUUCAGAGGAGAGUGUGGAUAAUUUUGCUUAUAUCGCACAAGUAAAUUGUGAAUGAACAAUGUUUCAUCUUGUUGGUAUGAACCAGUCGCUAUAGUUUGUGUAGGUGAUUGUCUGGUGCGAUACGGAGAGUAGCAUUGCUUGUUAUAUUGUCUAAACUGGCUACUGAAUUAGCCCGUGUUCUCCCCUUGUUUGAACCCCAUCAAGCAUAGUGGAAACAUCGUGAUAAAGUCGCAUUGGAGGAACUGGGGUGGCUAUCUCCUGGCAGAUUGGUCCCCGAUCGAAAGUGUUGCCUUGCCCAAUCUGUUUUUCUCAAGGACGGUUUAAAAUAUGCACAAGGUAAAAUUGCAAAUAUUUAGGUACCACUAAGGCUCACUCGCAAAGAAAAAAAAUACGAUAAGACAGAAUGGAACGCCAGAAAGUUAUGUUGUACAGGAUUCAGGCCUGCCUUGCAAAAUGUGCACCUGUUGUAGCUACCUUACUAAUUUCACCGGGUUCUUCUAUUUCCCGGCUUCAUGUCUUGGAUGCUACUUUCAUAGCGUGUAAUAUGCUGUUCCAGACAAUUGGGUUUUAAUGAGGAUUUUGUUCAGAAUGUUAUUCAAUUGCAGUGAUUCUUAGAAUCAGGUUUAAUAGAUUCAGGCCCAGAUAAUUUUUACAAAAGGAUAAUGCUCUCGGUUAUUUUUUUAUGUGUCAUUUAUAUUUGCUUCCCUAAUGUAUAUUAUUCAUUUAUUGCAAUAUUCUAGUGCAAUUCUCGCAUUCUUAUUUUAACUUCCCGAUUUCAUUGUUUUGCACACCUUUAUGCACCUUCGUACAGCGUUUCUUGCGGAGUCGGAAGGAUGAAGCAAUAAUACGUGCGAGCACUACCGCUUUCACUGACGUAAAAGUAGUCCAUACAACAUGCUGACACUCUGUGCCCAUAUGGUGCAUAGCAUAGGGCCUAGAAACUCCGAGAUAUUCUGCAUGUGGUUCAACGUUCCACGUCUCUCAAACGCUAAUGGUAGACGGUAUGCCCCCGCCGUAGUUGCAGGAUAAUGUCUAUUUUACUAAGAAAGCCUCGAGAAUAGUACGUCGUGAUUCAGUGUUUUGUGUUUCUGAUUGCAGUAGUGUAACAAAGAAAAUAAGCUUGUGUUGCGUUAGGUACACUUGUGAAGGUGUGUUAUGCCUGUCCUUCCUGAACAUGAGACUGCGCCCAAAAAAUAUUUUUUCUUUGUGUUUUCUUUUAAAAAGCCCUGUGAUAUAAUAACUAGUGCACACUCAGCUGAUGAUAUUUAUAGCGCACACAAUGUCAGCUACAAGCUGCAAAGCAUCAUAGUAUUGUGACUGCUGUUUAACACAGAAAUGGUGCUUUUUUUUAGUAUUGCUUUUAAUAUACUUUCAUUUCAGUACAGCACAUUUUCUAGAAAAGGGCAGCGUAGGUGAUGAGAAUGUCUUUUGUUAUAUUUUGUAGCAAUAGUCUGCCUAUGUUUUCAAUGUUUUUAUAGUGAUAACGAAGGCCAAUGUAAAGCCAACCUGAAGUAAAGGGUUCACCAUAUUGAAGGUUAAUUUCAGGAGCAAUAUUUUCACAAACAAAAGCUUCGUUUCACAAUUAUUUAGAACUAUAGAUAUGACUGGUGCUGUCUCAGCGAAAAUACAGUAGUAUUUGCUUAUGCAGUCUGCAUUUAUAAUUUGACAGGGCAUCAUCCCACCAAUUCGAAACGGAGUUGAUUGCAUGGUUCUCAUCAUGAAUAUGCUGAAUAUCUUUAGUAGAUUUUUGGUAUACCUUUUUGAUGCAGUCUUUAUGACUUCUUCUGUGUUACGUUUUGGAAUGUACCACUGCCUGCAUGUAGCCCUUGCACUUGAUAAACAGACAUGAAUGCAUUGCCGAGUGUAUAAGAUCAAAAGUGGAGUCAACGUAGGAGAACAGGCUCAUUGUGGGUAAUUUGAAGGGUACAGGAAUUACCAUAGUCCCCUUCAGUCGUGAUAUUCUCUGCUCACAGCCAACACUUGUAUUGUCACGAGAUGAAAAUUGCCACCUUUUCUAAGAGGCCUAUGUAACGAGAUAGAUUGAUUUCAUGUUUGCCUUGUCCCUUUCAAGGUUGGUGUGCAAUGUUAGGGGUGAUGAACUCUUUGGGACCAAUGCUCCAGACAGACACUUGUGUUGAUUAUUUAAAAGCCAGGAUGACAGCAGUGAAUCUAGCAUCCUUGACAGUAAUGUCAUGAUGGAGAUGUAGGAGCUACACCUAACUUUUAUAAAAACACUAGUGCCAGGAGAGUGCGUUAUCUCAGCAGAGAAACGGUAUUGCACACUGCAUUUACACUCGAUGCUUACAGCAACAUUUUAUUUUGUGUAUUGCUUUCUGAUGUUAGUAAAAGGGCGUGUAUUUGUUCAUAUUUAUUUUGUUUGUGUGUGCACUUUUCAAACUUUAUUAAAAAAAAGCUGUAUAUGUACCAUCAUUGCA